AAGAACAUUGGCAAGAAAACUCAAGAGACGGCCAUGUCAGGUCUUAGACCUGGAUCUGAGUCUGGGACUGAGUCUGGCGUUGAGCAAUUGGUGCACAACGGAAUCAAGUUCCAUGAAGCCGGUCAGUUUGAAAAGGCUACCGAGUUAUUUAGACAGGCUGCCGCUCUAGACUUCCCGAUCGCCAUGUUUCUUUAUGGUGUGUCACUUCGUCAUGGAUGGGGCUGUAAAAAAAACGAACACCUGGCAUUCCAGUACCUUCAAAAGGCAGCUGAGCAUGCCGUAUUGGAUAUCAAUAGUCUUUCGAGCACAGUAAAUACCUCUGCUUCAAAGGGUGAGCUUAUUAUGGCCAUCUAUGAACUAGGUGUUUCAUUCCGACACGGAUGGGGUUGCAAGAAAAACAAGGAGACAGCCGUCUACUUUUUCAAAAUUGCUGCAGAUCUUGGAGAUGCUGAUGCCCAGAACGAUUUAGGACACUGUUAUUACAAUGGCCAUGGUACUAAAAAGGACCUUUACAUGGCAGCUAAAUACUAUCGAAUGGCCGACAAGCAGGGGCAGGGUAUCAUGGGAAAUUCCUGGAUUCACAAGGCCAAGUACGACAAGGCCAAGUAAUGAUAAUAAUGAUCAUAAUGAUCAUAAUAAAAAAAAUAAGUCUGGCCUUUUGUCUAUUAUAACUAUCUUUACAUAAUUUAUCUUUUAUAUAUAUAUAAGAAGUAAUUAAAUUAUAAGGCAAAGACUUCGAAUACGU